AUGAAGUCGUUUGCCGUCGCCGCCGCCGCGCUCUUCGCAGCCAUGGGGCCCGUGACUAUGGCGCAGACUCACACCAAGUGCAAUCCUCUCACCACAAAGGGAUGUCCCAGCAUGCAAGCCCUCGGCUCCGAGGCGCACUUCUACUUCAACCGCACAGAUCCGCCCUUCAGCGACAAGGUGUGGGACAAGGAGAACCAGGGCGACAUUGUAUGGGGUGAAAAGGGCGCGACUUUCAUCAUCCGAGAGUCGGGCGACGCCCCGUUGGUGCAGUCCAAUUUCUAUAUGCUCUUCGGCCGCUUCGAGAUGAUCAUGCGGGCUGCCAAGGGCACGGGGAUUGUCUCGACGGGAAUCCUGCAGUCGGAGGACCUGGACGAGGUGGACUGGGAGUUCCUGGGCCAGUCGAGCGAAGCCAUGACCAACUACUUUGGCAAAGGCAACAACGAGACAUACGACCGCGGCAAGGAGUACCCCAUGGACCCCUCCCCGCAGGAAGGCUUUCACAACUACACGGUAGACUGGACCGUCGACCGCAUACAGUGGUGGCUCGACGGCAACAUGGUGCGCGAGCUCCUCCCCAAGGACGCGCUCAACGGCACAAACUACCCCCAGACGCCGAUGAACAUCCGCAUUGGCAUCUGGUCGGCUGGCGACACCAAGAACAACGCGCCCGGCGUGGUGCAGUGGGCGGGCGGAGAGACGGACUUUGCACAGGGCCCGUUCACCAUGACGGUGCAGGAGAUCUAUGCCAAGGACUACACGAACGCGAAGGAGUACAGCUGGGACAACAUGGACGCGUCGGGCGACUGGCAGAAGGUCAAGGUCAUCACCGAGGGAAAGUCGGAGGUGACCAAGGAGAUUGAGAACCCGUCGGGCAUCAGCGCGCACUGGAAGGCGCUGUCGAGCGCGGCCAAGACGGGCAUCAUCGCGGGCUCGCUCGGCGCGCUGGCCCUCGGGCUGCUCGUCGUGGCCUUCUGCUGCAUCAAGCAGCGGCGGGUGGGGCGCAAGGAGCACGAGCUGCUGCUGGCGCAGGAGCACAAGGAGGCCGAGGAGCUGCAGGAGUACAAGAAGCAGAUGCAGGGCGGGCGGUUUGGGCUUGGGUCGCACCAGCGUGUGUAGGUAGGGGCGCGUGGGGGGGACAUGUCAGACACGAUUGCUUUUCUUCGUAUACCCUUGCUGCGGUGCUCGCCCACCCGGCUGUAGUCCAAUACCGAUUCUUUAACUGGCAGCG